AUGCGAAGCACAGUCUGGUCGACGAUAGCGACCGUCUGGCCCAGCUGCGUCGACCAGCCAAGCAUCUUUGAGCCAGGCAUGGUUGUCGAUCUGGUCUCGGGCAAGGAUGGAGUGGUUGCCUGGAACGCAUACGAAGAGCCUCUCUUCGACCAAUACCUUGAACUGUUUCGCGGCAUACAGCCAAGCGACCUCAUGCCGCAAGGAGACCAGCUUGCUUCCGUCGUCGACAUUUCACAGGUGGUGAUUCUCUCAGCGAUGGGCGGCAAAGGCUGCAGCAAGCGGGUGCAAGUCCUAAUCGGGCAGGAGGGUCAUACGGGUGAUGCGGGUAGUGCGGAUCUAUUGUCCACCUAUGCGUUCAAGGGUGUUGACUUCCAGACAUACCUACAAGUCCACGACGACGACGACGAGUUUGCCCGAGCAACCGUCGCCGCAUGGCGGCAAUCAAGUAAACUGAUUGCGAGCUUGCCGGCACACCCCCGCAUCCAGCCACCUCCCAAGAUGCUGGUUUCGGUCCGCGGGGCGCUUAUCGGCCAUCUGUCGACGUUUUGCCCCAAGGGCGACCUUGCUGCCGUCAUUGCAUCAGCCAAUUCUAGCGGAACCACCAUUUCCGUGCGGCAAAAGGCUCAGUGGGCUCUUCAAAUAUCACAGGCCAUCGCACACACACACAACGUCAUGCACACGUUUCACAUGGACAUCAAGCCGGGAAAUUUUCUUGUGGAUGACAAUGACAACCUGACCCUCAUCGACUGGGAACAGAGCGGCGCCCCGGCCACUACACUGGCUCCAGAAGCGGACGGGACCUGGGUAGUAGAGGAAGUGGACGACGUGCAUUCUCGCAACAGCCAACGAGCGGCUGGUAGCAAAAAGUUGGUCUAUACGAAAUACGGUGGCCCAGAACGACGAAACAUACCUGAGGGCAGCGGGCAGCAGCCCUUCCACAUUUGGAAUGUAUUUCCGGAGUGGCAGGCGAAUUGUCCCAGAGCAAUGGCCGAAGUUUUUGCGCUAGGCAGGACGGUAUGGAUGCUGCUGACCCAGACGACUGACGGAUUCGACGAGGUUGGCCACCCCAAGGAUGUCCAGAUUAUGUGGGAAAAUGCGGACAGCUGCCCCUCAAGUUGGAUUGAAAUGGCUAUGCAGUGCAUGGACAAUGACCCGAACAAACGUCCAUUAUUGGUGGACGUUGUCGAGUUCGGGGGGGCUGAAUGCUUGACCCUGCAGCGUUGA